CUGACGCCAGUUCUUCACAAAAUUCACUUAUCUCUGACUGAAAAAUACUUCACAACGUGGAGAAAGAACAGUUACAGAUAUGGCUAAGACCUCGGAAUCAGGAGCCUUCGUCGAGAAAUUUAUUCUCCAACCAACUUCUUCCUCUCAGCAACUUCCCCUUAGUGGCCUCACUUUUGCUGUUAAAGACAUUAUCUACAUGUUAAAACAUGGAAAUAGAUUUGAUGUGGAUGGAUAUGUGACUGGGUUUGGAAACCCUGACUGGAAAAGGACUCAUUCAGCCGCCACAUUGACCGCACCGGCUGUGCUCGAUGUCUUAGAAGGAGGUGCCACUUGUGUUGGCAAGACUAUCAUGGAUGAAAUGGCAUACUGUAUAAAUGGAGAAAACAUACAUUAUGGCACUCCCACAAAUCCAUGUGCACCAGAUAGAGUACCUGGAGGAUCUUCCAGUGGCUCUGCUGUUGCAGUAGGCGCAGGGCUCGUCGACUUCUCCUUAGGAUCCGACACCGGAGGAAGUGUGAGAGUUCCUGCAUCAUAUUGUGGGAUUCUCGGGUUUAGGCCUUCACAUGAUGCCAUUAGUACUUCUGGAGUUAUUCCAAUGGCUCAGAGUUUUGAUACUGUCGGAUGGUUUGCUAGAGAUCCUGCAGUUUUAAACCGAGUCGGACGUGUUCUGCUGCAUUUACCUAAUGUCAACCCUGUCAGACCUAGUCAGAUUUUUAUUCCAGAAGAUUGCUUCAGUUUGUCGAGCAUUCCAAGUGCUCGAACAACUGGAGUUCUCAUAAAAUCAAUAGAGAAGCUCUUUGGAGGUUCAAUUCUAAAGCAUGUAAAUCUUGGAGACUAUGUGAAGGAAAAAGUACCAAGUUCGCAUCAUUUCAUGGCUAAGGGGAACGAUCAUGCAUAUAAUAUACCGUCAUUGGCCGCCCUUUCAAGCUCGAUGCGAUUGCUUCAAAGGUACGAAUUCAAGAAAAACCAUGCCGAAUGGAUAACGACGGUGAAUCCUAAUUUAGGCCCCCGACUAUCCGAGCGUAUAUGGGAUGCCGUUAGAUCACCAGAAGAAAACAUCGGCAUCUACCGCUCUGUUCAGACUGAAUUACGCGCUGCUCUUACGGAUCUUCUUAAGGAUGAAGGCAUCCUUGUUCUUCCUACAGUUCCAGGUGAUCCACCAAAGCUACAAAUGGAUUUGGCCUCGCUCGAAGUGUUUCGUGCUAGAGCUUUCAGCUUGCUAUCCAUUGCCGGAGUAUCCGGAUUCUGUCAGGUGAGUAUUCCAUUGGGGAUGCAUAAUAAUCUGCCUGUAUCUAUCUCCUUGCUAGCAAAACAUGGUUCAGAUGCUUUUCUGCUGAAUCUAGUUGAGGCUUUAUAUGAUACCAUUCAAGAAGAAGCUGGAUUUGCUGAGAAAUUUACUAACUGAACUUUCAUUUCUUUUCCAGUCUUUUCUCUUCUGCAUAAUUUCUGAAACUAGUAUAAGAUUCGAAUAAAAAAAUUAAUAUUUAAUUGUUAGAAUGUUUGGUACUCCUUUGAGGAUAAACAGUAAGAAUUUGAAUUAUUAUUAUCAUUAUCUGAUA